UUUUUGUUAUAUGAGAAAUUUAAUGCAUUGCGCUCUACUAUUAUUAUACAUUCAGAUUGAGACGUGCGUUGUUGUAACGAGGCAAUUCAUCCGAAAAAUUCCAACCUCUUAGACCGAAGAAAUUUCAAAGCUAAGAUACAAUAAAUAUGCAUCCAAGGAUGUUGAGGCAUACAUCUACCAAACAAAACAAAUAUCUGCAAGUAAAAAACAAGAAUGUAUGUGACAAGGCCUCUGUCGCAGCUGCUAAAAUCCCCAGAAAUCGUAGCAGCAGCUCCCGAGGGUCCCAACAGUGGAUUCCUAGUGAUCCAAGACGAGGAAUCUUUGAGAUACUCUUGUUUCGGACUGUGCAAGAAUCGCAGCCUUAAGCAGCUGCCUUUCCCUCAAGACAAGGAGCUCAUCAUUCAAUACACCACCAGCAACGGCCAGUCCACUAAUACAUCUAGCGAUCCUGUUUUCUUGAUUCCUGCUCUCAACUGCCCCUUGUCUUCCAAUCGCUACUACGCCGUCGUUCCCCAUCGGAAACGCAUAGGAGAAGCCUUCACCUGCUCGAGAGAAGAAGAUAAGGUGAGCUGCUGCUUCUGCCGCUGCGUCAAGGACGUCAAGUCGAGGCCGUUGGAUCCGCGCAACGUGUACCAGCAGUUCCAGCUUGUUCCAUACGAGUCCGCUUGCCUCUCCGACGGCUACUUCGUGGCCAAGUCGGUUGCGUCGGAUGGUUUCCCUCCUUCCUUCCUGCGGCAAAAGGGCUGGACGGUCUGCACCAAGACUCCCCACACUUUCAAGCUGGACACAGCACGGGGCCUCGAUCCCGGCCUCCGUGCUCGUCUGCCGGAGUUGGAUUCAUCGAGAGUGGUGGGGAAAUGGUACACUCCCUUCGUUUUUGUCAAGGAUGGAUCCUUGAGAGAUCAAGUGAAACGAUCCAUGUAUUAUGAAGUUACAUUGGAGCAGAGAUGGGAGCAGGUUUUCAAGAUUGGUCGUGAUCAUAAUAAUGGGAAUUCGGUGGUGGUUGAUGUUGCAGUUGAAAGGGAGGAGGUGUUUGUUGGUGGGAGUAAAGCUACGUGGAGCGCGGCCGACGGAGUGGUGUGGUUUAAGGUUGAAGACGGAGGAGGAGUGGGGUUGAGAGUGGAGCUGGUGGAGAGGAUGAAAUGGGAGGAAGAGAGGGGAGGGUGGGUGGGAGGGGAGGAGAGGCAAGUCAAGAUUCAUAAGGUGGAGAAAUGGGAAGGAGGUGGUGAUUGGAAUGAGUUUAGAUGCUCUGUUUUGGUGGAGACCUUCAAUUUGAGGAGAAUGGAUGGGACUUUGGUGAUGUCUUAUAAUUUUAAGCACUUUAACCAGUUGAAGACUAAGUGGGAAUAGAAUAGAUUAUCACUUCUUAAGUAAUUACUACUUAGUGAUGGUUUUAAGAGUUUGUCUAUAUGCUUAUAUGUGUUGUGAGUUGUAUUUGAUUCAGUGGUGUGAGAAGACUGAUGUUGUGUAUUCGGGAUUGGAGAAUUAAAUUUACUUGGACUA